AUGCUUUUUUAUUUCAAGAUUGCUAUUCAACAUUCAACAGCAGUAACAGCUUGUAAUGUUGAUCUUGAAACGUUAAUUGGCGAUUCAAAUCGAACAAUUGCAACAUUAGCAAUAACAACUCUUAAAAUAGAUAAUGAAGCAGAUGUUGAUCGAUUGAUGAAACAAGUUUCAUCAGUUUUAUCUGAAAUAUCUGAUCUAUUUAAAAUAGUUGUUGUUGAUACAAUUAAAUCAUUAUAUGAAAAAUUUCCAAGUAAACAUUCAGUUUUAAUAACAUUUUUAUCAAAUAUGUUACGUGAAGGUGGUUAUAUAUGUAAAAGAGCAAUUGUUAAUACAAUUAUUUCAAUUAUUGAAGAAAAUUCUGAAGCUAAAGAAGCAAGUUUCACUCAUUUAUGUGAAUUUAUUGAAGAUUGUGAACGUACAACAUUAUCAACUCGUAAACUUUAUUCAUCAGAUCGAGAAGGACCACGUAUAACAACACCAGCAAAAUAUAUUCGUUAUAUUUAUCAUCGCAUUAUUCUUGAAAAUCUACCUGUUAGAGCUGCGGAUAUUAAUGUUGGUGGUAGUCCUUCACGAAGAGAAAGUGAUUUAGUAUCACACCGAGAAAAUACUCAUAAUGAAAAAGUAACUGUACAAAUGGAUGGAUCAACUGAAGGUGUUGAAGUUGUUCAUUAUACUCCAUAUUCAUUAAAAAAAUGUAAUGAUAUGGAUACAACAUACACAUUAGUUAAAUUACCUGAUGAUUCAUCAGCUGUUACUGGUACAUUAUCAUGUGCAAUGAAAUAUACAGUUAAAGAUUGUGAUCCAGCGACAGGUGAACCAGAUAAUGAAGAAGGUUAG